AUGUGCAUCUAUAAAUGUGUCGGUCCUUCUGUGCAGAAUCUUGUGAACAAGAUGUGGGUUGGUGUAGCCAGUGAAGACAAAGCAGAACUUCGUAGCUGUUUGCCCAAGCUUCUGCUUUCCCAGCAUGCACUGCUGCCUUUCUUCAUCAGAAACAAGCUGUGCAAAGUCAUUGUGGACAUCGGACGCCAAGACUGGCCGAUGUUCUACCAUAACUUCUUCAGCAACACCUUACAGUUAGUGCAGUCCCCGUCUCUAGCGCCGCUGGGUUUAGUUCUGCUCAAGAUGACCUCAGAAGAGCUGGUCUGUCCCAGAGAAGACUUGAGUGUCGCUCGUAAAGAGGAGCUGAAGAAACUCCUGCUGGAUCAGAUCCCCACCGUACUGAACCUUCUGACUGGUAUUUUGGAGACAGUGUGGGACAAACACAGUGUUACAGUCACCACUCCUCCUCCAUCCCCCACGUCUAGAGAGUCAGGCAUUUUGGCAGGCGACAGCACACCGAUGGUUCUGGAAGCUGAAAGUGGUGAUCUGUGUCUGCUAACGCUGGAAUGCUUGGCUCAUCUCUUUAGCUGGAUUCCUCUCUCCUCUUCCAUCACUCCAUCCCUCCUCGCUUCGAUUUUUAAUUUUGCUCGCUUCGGAUGCCAGCAGCCAAUCAAAACGAAACCUCUGCCCACUUCCAAUGGAGACUCCGCCCCCAGAAGCCUCCCAGCCAAUGGGGGCGGCGGGGGACACGGCAGGACUGGUCAGAUGGUGGGCCACGCCGAACGCGCCAAACUGGGCGUCAUGGCCAUGAACUGUAUUAACGAGUUAAUGUGCAAAAACUGCGUCCCGGUGGACUUUGAGGAGUUUCUGCUCCGCAUGUUUCAACAGACUUUCUACCUGCUGCAAAGACUCACAAACACGCACACCAACACACACACUAUCAAAAGCAGAUUGCAAGAAUUAGACGAAAGCUAUGUGGAAAAGUUCACAGAUUUCCUCAGGCUGUUUGUUAGUGUUCAUCUGCGGAGGAUCGAAUCUAACGCCCAGUUUCCUCUAGUGGAAUUUCUAGCUUUGCUCUUGAAAUACACCUUUAACCAGCCGAAUCAUGAGGGUUAUCUGGCCUGUCUGGACAUCUGGAGUAUAUUCCUGGACUACCUGACCACCAAGAUUAGAAGCCGAUUGGCUGACAGUGACAGUGUCAUUAACAGGUAUAAAGACGCUCUAGUUCUGCUGCUGCGUGAAGUUCUUAACAGGAUCCAGUUCAGGUUAAACCAGAGUCAGCUAGAAGAACUCGAUGACGAGACCCUUGACGAUGAUCAACAGACGGAAUGGCAGCGAUUCCUGCGUCAGAGUUUGGAAGUGGUUGCCAGGGUGAUGGAGCUGCUGCCGUCCCAGACCUUUUCAGUUCUGUUUCCAGUGCUCCAGGAGGAUCUGGACAUUUAUCUUGGGCUGCAGCAGUUUAUCAUGAGAUCAGGAACAAGUCGCAGGCUGAACAUCACAGCAGAGGCCGACUGCAGAAAGCUGCACUGCGCUCUCAGAGACCUGAGCUCUCUUCUGCAGGCCGUGGGGCGUCUGGCCGAGUUCUUCACAGGGGAUGUUUUCUCCGCUCGCUUUAACGACGCUCUCGCCAUCGUGCAGAGAUUGGUGGAAGUGUCGUGUUACGGUUCUCAGAUCAGCCUGUACGAUGUAGAAAUGGCUGUUCCUUCAGUGCUCAAACCGGACCUUAUUGACGUGCAUGCACAGUCAUUGGCUGCUCUGCAGGCGUAUUCUCAUUGGCUGGCUCCGUUUUGCGGGGAGGUGCAGCGACAACAAGAGCAAACGCAAUUUGUGGACCUCAUCAGAUCGAGCAUGGCCGCCACGACCCCUCUCAUCAAUGCCAAGGUUCCAGAGAAAUUGCUCUUAUCUGCGUGCCAUCUCCUGGUCUCCAUGGCGACCACCGUGCGACCGGUGUUCCUGGUGUCGCUGCCGGCGGCGCAGAAUAUCUUCAGCCUGAUCACGGAGAAUCAUAACCACAGAUUACCUCAGGAGGCUCACGUCCUCGUGUGUCGAGCUCUGUCAAACAUGCUGCUGUUGCCGUGGCCCAGUCUGCCGGAGGCGGAGCAGCAGUGGCAGAGCCGCUCAGCCAAUCACACGCGGCUUCUCAGCAGUCUGACGCAGCAGUACCGCCUCCUGCCCCGCCCACCCAGCCAUCACCCCAACAGUAAGGCCCAAACCCAAUUCUACCCCUUAUUUGCUGAUCUUGGUCUCUGUGUUCGGCAGCGUUCCUGUCCAGAUGUGAAAGCCGAGAUGUUCGAGCUGCUCUUUCAGAUUCUCCAUCAGAACUGGAGGUUCUUCUUCAAGAGCUCAGUGUUGAGCAGCGUUCAGAGAACCGGAGCAGAAGAACUGAUGGAGAACCAAGCGCAGUUCAUCGCUGCCAUGCAGGCAUUUGGUCAGUCUUUUCUGCAACCGGACAUUCACAUCUUCAAGCAAAACUUGAGUUACCUCGAGGUCCUGAACACCAAGCACAAGCUGUACCACAGGAAGCUGUUCCGGAACACCAUGCUGUUCCACUUCAUAAAUGUUCUCCUGCAAGUCCUCCUGCACAAGAGCCACGACCUCCUCCAGGACGACAUCACGCUGGCGCUCUACAACAUGGCGGCUGUGGAUUUCCCAGCAUUCUACUCUUCCUUCUUGCCAGAGUUCCUCAAUGGCUGCCAAGGCCUCGACCCCCACCAACGCACAACGCUUGCCCGAAACUUCACGCCAGAGAGGGACCUGCCAUCGUUUUCUCAGGGAGUGUAUCGCAUCGUGAACGACCUGCGCUUCUACAGACUGUGCAAUGGAAGCCUUCCUCCGGGAACUUUGAAAUUAUAGCAGCGCAUCACCGCUCAGCCAAACCACGGCCCAUCCUCCUCAAGGACGCCGAUCACUGCUUCGGUGGUCAUGUCUCGCCUUUCGCCAGGGGCCGGCCUUGAGAUCUCAGCGACGGCGUGCUCCGAGAGCUGCUGGGCUUCGUUCCUCAGCUUCUUUUAUGUUUAUUUCAGCUAGAUUUUACACAUUUGCCAAUGAUCAAGAGGCCAAAGCUGCUGUCGAGAAACUCGUCCCAAAUCAGCUGAUGCGAUUCAGAGUGCUGCGAAUCGGAGCAGUGCGUUGCCCAUUGCUUGUUGUUUUAAAAGGACUGGUGUAAUGGAAAGCACACUUUUGUUGACGUGAACAGAUGGCGUUUGAAAUGCAGUGGUGUGGAGUUGAACGAACUCAUCUCAAGACGGUUUC